AUGGCUGCAACCUCUGGCGAGUCUCAGAAUACCCAGGUCAGGGUGAGACUGACCACCAGAGACACCGACCUUGCUCUCGACGACGCCGCGCCCAUCCUCAUUCCCACGUCCUUCCGCCGGUACGCUUUGUCAACGCUCGUCAACAGCCUGCUCGGGAGCGAGAAGUCUAUUCCUUUGGAGUUUCUCAUUAAUGGUAAAUACCUUCGCACUACAGUUGACGAAUAUCUGGCCGACAACGGUCUCUCCGUGGAAACAACUCUCACAGUUGAGUACGUGCGGGCGCGGAUCCCACCUCAGUACCUUACGUCCUUCGAACACGAUGACUGGGUUAGCGAUGUCGAUGUCUUAUCGGGGCAGUCACCUAGGAUUCUCUCCGCUAGCUAUGAUGGGCACUUAAGAGUUUGGAACACAUCGUCCCAGGUUCUUGCUACAUCUCCAGGUGUAGCGCACGGAGGGCAUGGCUCGUUCAUAAAGUCCGCCAAGUUUAUUUCGCCAAAUCAGAUUGUAUCGGGUUCGUUCGAUCGGACAUUGAGACUGUGGAAAUAUACGGAGGAACAGGAUGGCUUUUCGGCCAGCCUAACACCGCAACUGGAACUCUACGGCCACAAAUCCUCGGUAGAUUCGGUGUGCCCUCAUCCUGGCUCAGGCCGUAUCCUGUCUGGAUCCGCUGAUCACUCGAUUGGAUUUUGGUCCACCCGAAAAGCCGAUGCGCCUGCGGCGCCGGAGGCACAAGUGCCUCGCUCCAGGACCAAGGAUGGCAAGAGGAGGAAGUUGAGUGAAACAAGCUUGCCGCAACGAGGGCCGCUCGCCCUGAUGCAACAACACACUGGCCCUGUUUCGGGUGUCAUCUUCGACUCUAACGAUUCCACGGUUGGAUACUCCAGUUCUUGGGACCAGACCGUGCGGACGUGGGACCUCGUCACAGCAUCCCUGGUGGACACACGAACGACAUCGAGCGCAUUAUUCUGUGUUGAACAUAUGCCGUCGCUCCACUUGAUCGCAGCAGGCUCUAUCAGCAGGGUUAUCAAACUGAUAGAUCCGAGAGCGUCAGCCGCCACUGUUGCCGCCAUGACGCUGAAGGGACACAAGAACUCCGUGGUUAGUCUCGCACGAGAUCCCAGCAACGAUUAUACUCUGGUCAGUGCGAGUCACGAUGGGACCUGCAGAGUCUGGGAUGUCCGAAGCACACAACAGGAGAAAGAGGGGGCGGUCGGGCAUAGCUUGUAUACCCUGCCGAGGGCAAGCCUGGAAGGGAAGGCUAGUUCAGCGGUCGGCGAGGGUCUCAAAGUGUUUGCAGUGUGCUGGCAUAAUGAGGUGGGCAUUCUCAGCGCGGGCGAGGAUAAAGUGGUCCAAAUCAACCGCGGCAACGACGAGACUUGA